AUGACGGACCUAUUCAAAGCGUCCGACUCUGGUUUGCUGCUGGUCUUUAUGGAGCCUGGACCCUCGGUGUCGCUAGAAGAGUUUCACGAAUGGUACGACACGGAGCACGUACCUCUUCGCAUCCAUCGGUUCCCCACCUUCCGCUCUGCAACCCGAUACGAGGUGACCUCCACCGCGCUGCACCCAGCAUCGGGGACGGCCGAGGUGCCUAUCGCGCCGAAAAGCACCUGGGGAGCGUUCUACACGAUCAGCUCGAACGUCGUUUUCGGUGAGGAGGCGUAUACCAGCCUGAGGAGUCAGAGGAGCGAGAGGGAGGCGGAGCUGUUUACCCGGCUCGCCAUUGUCGAUCGCCGCAUCUAUCGGUUGGACUACGACAGCGACACAGACGCGAACAUCAAGGUCGAGCGCAAGAAGCUCGGUUUGAACGUCCAGACGCAAGCAGACACCCCCGGGUACCUCGUGACGAACUCGGUCGAUGUGGUCGAAGAGAUGCAGGAGGAGUACAACAGGUGGUUCGCGGAGGAGCACGUGCCCAUGCUGGCCCAGGUCAAGGGCUGGAGGAGGAGCAGACGGUUUACGCUGAUCGAUAAUGGCGUCAAUGGCAAGGAGGCCAAGAAGGGCGAUGCGGAGGGCGUACCCCGGUGCUUGGGGCUGCAUGAAUACGACCAGAGCGGCAUCGAACAGACGCCCGAGUACAAGCGCGCAUGCGACACCCCCUGGCGCACCAAGGUCAUCGGUCCUGAUGGUCGCAACAUCGUGCGGAGGGAGAGGAAGACGUGCGAGCUGUACCGCGCUUGGGACCCCGUGGCUGCGAUCGAGGCCGAGGGGCAGAAAUGA